AUGCGGCAUCUUAUCGCUUCGACACUUUACUGGGGCACUGCCCUUUCCUGCGGGGUCCUCGUUCACAACGAGGUCCUCCACCGUUCAACACACCUCUUCUCUCUUCCCAACAGCGUCCCCGACCUAACCCAGAUAACGCCCCUCAUCUCGCCGCUCCUCCUCUCGCCUACCAAUACGCCCUUCCUCCAAUCCGGCGCUUUCUUCCCCGACUGGGGCUACCAAUGCCUCUCUACCGACUCUGCCGCCGAAGCCGCCCACUGGCCUCCCUUCCUCGUCGCUAGUGUCGAGCACAUCAUCUCGAAAUACGGCUACCUCAAUGACACCACGCUGCGCAGCACAGACGAGCAGGAGCACCUGGAGGGGUUGAUUUCGUUCAUUUUUGCUAUCGCAGGGCACCAGACACAGGAUGCGAGCUGGCACGCGAUCCGGCUACCGAGUGGGCUCCUGGCGGCGCUGGCGGCUGUGGAUUUUGGUGGUGAUGAGGAGAAGGCACAUCGCGUGCUGGAUUUUGGGGGGGAUUUUAUGGUGGCAGCGAGGUUGGCGAGGAUGGGCCAGGAGUCGAGGGCGUGGAUUGGGGGCGAGUGGAAGGUGCCUAUUGACGACAUCAUGGAGAUCUAUAAAAGGAUGGGGAGGGAGGUUAAUAAGUUUGUGCUGAGAUACUGCACAAUGAGGGGGUUGGCGGCGUUGAGGAGCGAUCUCGCUGUUGGACCGAGCUUGCUGGACUCAAUGGCUUCACAGUCCCCAAUGCUCGUCAACUCGCUCGAUGACUACUAUCUUGGCGGCCUCGACGAAAUGACCUCGCGCACCGUCUCCUGCUGGUCAAACCUCACCCGCUGGUUCGCUAACGGUAUCGACCCCGACGAAAAGAUCCGCAACGGCUGGGGAAUCUGCGACGUCUUCCGCGCCAUCAAAGCACGGGGCGGAGCGGGCGAUACUGGCCACUCGCACGCCCAGGAACAGCUCCCGCUCAUCACGGAAUAUAGCAACAAGGAGCUCAAGCACAUCACAGUGCACACCGACCAGUUUGGUGUCGAGACAUACACCCUCCCGCCUCUGUCUCCUCCGCCAGGCCCCGUCCCCGCGCACCCCCCACACCCAAACUCCAAAGCUCCGAAGUUCUCAGAACCAACAUAUAUAGCGACCUACACGCCCUACGCGCGCUUUGGCAGCUCCCUCUCUGUCGGUGCCUUCACGCCCGACUCCUCCAAACCCUCACUCGCCGUUGGCGCGCCCACCGAAUCCGAAGAUUCAUCGCGCCCUGGCGAGGGAAACGUCUAUGUCCUCCCGCUCUCUGACUUCCUCUCCUCUUCCUCCGAGCCAACGCCCUUCUCUGCCCUACAACCGGAAUACGUCACGCCGCAGCGCGUGCAGAAGGCCAUCAGCACACACACGGCCGUAGACCAGCGCUUCGGAACGGCGUCCACGGCGUGGAAGACGCAGGGGAUGACACUGCUUGCGGUGUCGGCGCCGGGGCCACUUUCCUAUGAGGCUGCUACGCCCAGUCUGCCGUUUACGGAGAACGGAGUGGCCGGGCGCAUUGAUGUGUUUCGGCCGGGUGAGGGGGAGCGGUGGGUUUCGCUGUCGAUUAAGGGCGCGGAGCUGGGCGGGAUUGGACGCAGAUGGUGGGGCGAGGAGAUGAUAGCUGCGGACCUGGACGGCAGCGGGAAUGAGUGGUUAGUCGUGAGCGGGAGUCGCAGCGACGCAAAGAGGGUGUGUGAAGGCCGCGAGAGGGUCCAGAUGGGAGAAGGCGAAGUCGGACUGUUCCAACUAGUCCCCUCCUCCGCCGCCCUCGAAUCCAAUAUCACAAUCACUACCGACCUCCACACAACCGCAGACCUCUCCCUCAAAACCCACCACAUCCCUCUCCCACCAUCCGAAAAAACACCCCUCCCAUGCUCCGCAACCGCCACCUACGAGUCGUUUGGCACAGCUCUCUCCUUCCUCCCUAAAUCCCACACGCUCCUUAUCGCCGCCGGCACCGGCAAAACAUUCGCCUACCGCCUCGUCGACAACACCCCUAGCCUGGUGUUCACCAUCCCCUCGCCCUCGCUCUCCCGCACCGCCUCGCUGGCCGCCGGCGUCUCCGCAGCGGGGGUGGAAUGGAUUGCGGUCGGUAGUCCGGAUGAGGACGUCGAUGGCGUUGUGCAAGCGGGGGUAGUACGCUUGUACGCCCUGGGAAAAGGAGACCAGCUAAGACUGGUCGCUGAGCUGGUGGCCGAGGGGGAGGGGGAGUUGACGCGGUAUGCGAAAUUUGGGCGGACGAUCGUUGCGGAUCAGGGCAGCGGGGGUGUCUGGGUGGGGAGUGAGUUGUGGGAUGGCGAGCGAGGAGGUGUAUGGUGGGUUGAUGUUGAUGCGCUGCUUGCCCCUGCUCCAGCCGGGUUUGUGCAGCGUUUGCAGAACGUGUUGGGGAAGGGGGGGGUGGAGGAGGUGUCGAGGGUGGCGGUGGGGUUGGUUAUGCAGGGCGCGGAGGCGAAUGCGAGGUUUGCGGGGAGUCUGGCGGUGACGGAGGAGGCGCUGGUGGUGGGGAUUCCGUAUGCGGGUGUUGGGAGGGAGGAGCAGGGGGAGAGGUUUUAUGGGGCGGUGGCGGUGUAUCGGAGGGUAUAG